AUGCGAGGCAUCCGCUCAGUUCUGCAGUACUAUCGCCAGCAAUCUCGAGCCAGGGCCGAACAGAGCAAGGCGAAGCAGAACAUGAUGAAGUCCAUCACCAUCCCGUUCACGGAGGAGGAGAUCCUCAACACCAUCUGGUUCCUCAUCAUCGGUCUCGAAGUCAUCCUCAUCAUCGGAAUCUCCAUCCAGAGCAUGAUCCGCCGCGUCCGGUCCAAGGCCGCCUCUUACGACUACGGCUACUCGUCGUAUCCCCGCUACUACUCGGCAUCGUACAGGGGCGUCAUGCCCUCGCCAGUCCUGCCUCUGGAGGAGAAGAAGCGUCUCUACCUCGAGGCCACGAGCCGCAGGGGCUGCAUGAUUCCCUGA